ACUGGAUUUUAUAUAUGAAUUAAUUUGAACUCAUCUUUAAAAUUUUUAACAUUUACAAAAAUAAAAAGCACUGAAUUUUUGAGUUAUUUGUGAUAAAUGUUUCACUGUUUAGGCAUGGAUCUUUGGAAUUUACUUAAUCUUUAACAACCAUUGUUUACAUUUGCAAAAUGGAGAUAAUAGUAGUAUCUACAAGAUGGGGUUAGUGUGAAGAUUCCUUGAAAUACAAGUGAAGUACUUAGCCAAGUGGUUAGCACACAAAUGCUAUAUAAAUGUUUCUUAUUAUGGUGAUAGGGUUCAAUGAUUAGAUACAUUAUUUAGUCAUUUGACUACUACUAUUAUAUCUCUUCUUACCUUUCUUAUUUUUCUUCAUUAUUGAAGUUCUUUCUUUUUCUGUUUGGUUUGCCACUUGUUACCUGAUGAAUGUCUUUUUCUUUGUUCAUCUUCUCGCUUAGAUUUCUUCUUCCCUGAAAGCCUGAUCUUUGACCAGAUGGCAGUAACAUUUGAAGAUGUGACUGUUAUUUUUACUUGGGAGGAAUGGAAAUUCCUGGAUUUUUCUCAAAAAAAGCUCUACAGAGAAGUCAUGUGGGAGAACUACACAAAUGUCAUGUCAGAAACUGGAAAGAGAGCUACAAACCCCCAAAAGAAAGAUUCAGAUAUUUAGAGCAUGAAAGUCUUUCCUGCUGGCAACUUUGGAGGAAUACUAGCCUUCAGACAUAUGAGAACCAAAACUAUGUGGAAACCAUUCAAGGGAUAGAUUCCAAAGACUUAAAGCAGCAAGACCUUUCCCACUAUCAAGAAUGCUUAAUACUCUCCACAGAGGUACCAGGUUAUGGGAAGUAUGAACUGACUUUUGAAAGCAAAAGUCCCAGGAACUUAAAAUAUACAAAACUUAUGCCUUGGCAAUCCUUAGAAACAAAACACACUCAAGACAGUGGUAGAGAAAUCUAUAUGAGUGAUUCACUUGGUUUUCAAGGAAACAGAUACAGUAUUGGCAUAUCCAGGAAAAAUCUCUCCAGUAAAAAAAAACAGAAGCUCAUAGUUCAGCAUUCUUACGUCCCAAUGAAGGAAGCUGUUCCAAAGUACAUUGAGGAGAUAUGCCAAAAUGACCUACUGAAAGAUGCUAUAGAAGAGAAAUACUGUGGAUGUAAUACAUGUAAGGAAAUUUAUUAUUGGAACUCACAUUGUGUUCUCCACAAGAGAAAUCAACUUGGGGAAAGGUUUUAUCAGUGCUCCAUCAACACAGCACAUUUCUUUCAGGGAUCAGACCUAUACAGACAUCCAAGAAUCUGUAUAGGUAAGAAGCUGUACAGAUGUGAAGAAGUUGGCAGUAACUUUAGUGAGAGCAUAGGUGUUCUCUUUCAUCAGAGAGUCCACACAGGGAAGGUUCCUUAUAUAUGCAAUGUGUGUGGUAAGAGCUUCAGUCAGACCUCUAGUCUUCACAGUCAUCAAAGAGUCCAUACGGAAGAGAAACUCUAUAAACUUGAGUGUGGUAAGGACCUCACCAGAAAUUCAUUACUUCACACUCACCAGAGACUUCAUGUAGGAGAGAAGCCUUUUAAGUGCGAUCAGUGUGGCAAGAGUUUUAGGCGGAGUUCAGUACUUCUUGUCCAUCAGAGAGUCCACACAGGAGAGAAACCAUACAAAUGUGAUGACUGUGGUAAGGGCUUCAGUCAGAGCUCAAAUCUUCGAAUUCAUCAGUUAGUUCACACAGGAGAGAAGUCCUAUAAAUGUGAUGACUGUGGUAAGGGCUUUUCCCAGCGCUCAAAUCUUCAGAUUCAUCAGAGAGUGCAUACAGGAGAGAAGCCUUAUAAAUGUGACGACUGCGGGAAGGACUUUAGUCACAGCUCAGAUCUCCGCAUUCAUCAGAGGGUCCACACAGGGGAGAAACCCUAUACUUGUCAUGACUGUGGAAAGGGCUUCAGCAAGAGUUCAAAGCUUCACACUCAUCAGAGAGUACAUACUGGAGAGAAACCCUAUAAAUGUGAACAGUGCGGUAAGGGAUUUAGUCAGCGUUCACAUCUUCUCAUUCACCAGAGAGUCCAUACGGGAGAAAAACCCUAUAAAUGUGAUGACUGUGGGAAGAGCUUUAGUCACAGCUCUAACCUUCACAUUCAUCAGCGGGUCCACACAGGAGAGAGGCCCUAUCAGUGUGCUAAAUGUGGUAAGGGUUUCAGUCAUAGCUCAGCUCUUCGAAUUCAUCAAAAAGUCCACACAGCACAGAAACCCCACAAAUGCGAUGAGUAUUAUAGGGGAUUCGAUCAGAAUUCACAUCUUCACAGUAAUCACAGAAAAGAAAACUUGUAAUUCUGUUCAUUUAGUUAACAGCUUUAAUCAAAGCUUAACCUUAAGCCUAGUAAGUGCUGCUGGGAAGCAAAUUCUGUAAAUAACCCAAGUAAUCCCAAGCAACAUUUAUAGUUUCCCCUAUCACCCACUAAGAAUCAUUUGCUUCAAGAGGAGAGCCUUAGGAGGAUUCUUAUAUAUUUAAAAUUAAAGUAUAUUUCUACUGUAAAUAUUAUAAUCAUUUUGAAUAUAAAAGAUUUAAGAUGAAAACUCUU